GGAUGACUCUACGUCAUCGCCCCGUAUCGCGUCUGUAGAGCCUCAGCAGUUCGACCAUGAGUUUGCUGCUGUACAACGGCCUAUCAGACGGUAUACUAGUCUUCCAAGUAUCAGCGCUAAUGCAUUACAAGACGAGGGUGUCCACGCUGUGAAGCCUCUAGUAUUGGGUGCCUAUCGGAUGUUAUCAGCCGGCAAGGUAUCCAACGGAAGUGAAGUGGAUAUUAUUUACACCUAG